ACAGUCAGCUCUUCCAGAAACAAUGGAGCAAGCUGUUGAAGCAUAGAGGGAUUCUGGAGAAGCUGCAAAGGAAGCUCAAAUGGCAGAACUAGAGAUCUCUGAAACUCAAGUAGCCAUCUCUGAAGAAGAGAAUACAGCUGAAGAAAGGGACUCCCUCUCUAGGGAUAUAUCAGAUUUUGCGCUUGAAACAGAAGGAGAAUCUGAAAGAACACUGAAGGUUACUGAUGAAGAAGAUGUCCAAGAAGAUGCUGAAUCUCUUCCUAUGCAACUCUUCCAAAGAACACCAUCAUCUCAUCAGGUAACCAACUUUCAUUUCCAUAGCUCUUCCACCCCUGGUCUUCCAGAUGAGAUACCGGAAAUCUGGACAAAGAAGGUCCAAGGGCUGAUUGAAUCAGCCCUAGCAUCUCAACAUGCCUUCUUUAGGCAAGAGAUAGAACAAAUGGAAGUCAGGCACACCCAGCUAAUAGAGAAGUCUGAAGGAAAACACAGCGCAGAUCUCAAAGAAAUAAGCAAAUCAGUGCAGAAGACUCUGGAGAUUAUAUCUCUAUUGAGUAAAACUGUGAGCAACACGAUGGAAAUAUAUGCCUCUGACAGUCAACUUCAUCUCAAAGAGAUCAACAAAGUCAAAGAGCAAAUAGCGAGUGUCACAGUUAGUCUCCAAAAAGAGAUGUCCCUUCUCCAAAUGGACAUCAGAUCAGCCCUAGCAGUAGCUUCUGCAAAUCAGGUAGUGACCAAAGACUACUUGAAGGUGAUCAUUGACAAUCAAAAGGAAGCAUUCAAGCUGUUCAGACUUAUUGGUGCAAACUCUGGAAACCGCAAGAUGGAAGUAAUUCUCCAACAACACAGUCCAUCUCCAAUACCACAACUUCCUAUUGCAAUCAAAGAAGGAGACGUAUCUUAUAUUCCUUCUCAUCUGAACUUGACAAAUCUAAUCCUUGAAGCACAGCAAAGAAAUCCGGAAAACUCAGCACAACUUCUAUCCAGCUCAGGACUGGAUGGAACAGAAGUUAUAGGUACAAUUGUUGACCACUUCUCAAAUGAUGCUCAAUCAGAAGAAAGACGUGAAAAUUUAAGACGCAUCAAAGAACUAUGUGGAAACAUGAAGGGCAUCAGUGAAGUUGCCGGAUCUUCAAAGCGCAAGAGAAACUGAAGGUUCUUUACAUCAAAACAGGGGGAAAGGGGAAUGUAAUUCACGGGGAACUUAACUAGUUUUGGCUAACAAUUGUUUUUGGCAAUGAAUUAUUGAUAAGCUCAAAGCAAUGGAAGACGGAUAUCUCAGUUUUGGUACUAAAAUUGGAAAUCUCCGAUUCAGGUACUUUACAAAACCUGCCUUCUUAAACUAAGCUUUAGUCCUUAAUUCAUUUCCAACCAGCUCUAAAAGUACUGGUCCCUAGGAUGUUUAAAAAUGUACAGGACUUUGGAAAAAUAGUACCACUUUUCUUUUAAAUAUUCACAUUUGUUUUGGUGCUACCUCGUCCUAAGUAGAAAUUAGAACUAUAGGGAAUGAAAAAUGAUAGUCUUA